AUGAUUUCAGAUCCUAUUAAAAUUGGAAUAGCUUGUCUGAUUAGACUUCUUCAAUUUGUUUUUGGUCUUGUUCAAAUGGCUUUAGGUGCAAGAUCGGACGCGGUCGCUGAUAGUAUAGUAGUUGAAUCUACUGCUAAUGCCGUAUGGGGAGCCUUUACAGUGAUUUACGUAAUUGUUACUUUUAUAUUAAGUUUUUUUAAUAAAAGAUCAUUGUUAUCAUUUAUUAUUCCAGAGGCAAUAAUAGUUGUUUUUCAACUUACAGGAUUUGCAAUAGUUGCAGCUUCAUAUCCAACUAAUUGUGACUAUUAUUAUUGGACUGAAUCAAAAAUAUUUUGUCAAAACUAUAAACCAAUUUUACCAAUGGCAGUACUUAACUUUAUAUUAUUUGUAGCUGAUUUAGUAUUAUUUGUUAUUUUCACAAUUAGAGAUAAAAAAGAAGGUAUACCAAUUUAUAAAAAUCAAUCAUUCUUAAUUGGUGGUAUUUUUCCAAAAAAAGAUUCAUUUUAUGCUGCUGAAAGUGGUGCUAAUACAAAUUAUCAAAUUGAACCUCAAACUCAACAAUUUGAAACUCGACAACCACAAAAUAACAAUAUUGAAACAUUUGAAAGUGCAAAUAGUAAAAAUGAGUAUGAUGAAAAAGUUAGGAGUACAACAACUACUUUAGAGGUUUAG